GGGAGCGGCUCCCGCAGCGCCCGCACGCCCAGUCCGGGCCCUGGUCCCGCUCCGCACCGACCCCCGCGCCGCUCCUCACCGGCCCGCCCGGCCCGGCCCCGCACGGCGCGGUCAGCGCCGCCCCUCCGCGCUCCGCCGCCGCCGCCCGGCCAUGCGCGCCCGCUGAGCCGCAGCAGAGGCGGCCGCCCUGCGCUGCGCUCCCUCCUUUGAUUUUUCCUGCCGUGUUCCUCGGGGUUCUGUGUCGGUUUUUGCGUUCGCGUGACGCCCCCCGCGGGCGCGGGGCGGCGGCGAUGGGCGCGGCGGCGGGCGGGCGCUCCGCGGGGCGCUGAGCGGGCGCGCAGCGGGCGCGGGCCGCGCCAUGGCCGCCAAGGACAAUCCCUGCAGGAAGUUCCAGGCCAACAUCUUCAACAAGAGCAAGUGCCAGAACUGCUUCAAGCCCCGCGAGUCCCACCUGCUCAACGACGAGGAUCUCAACCAGGCCAAACCCAUUUAUGGUGGCUGGCUGCUGCUGGCCCCGGAAGGAACGGACUUUGAUAACCCCGUGCAUCGCUCCCGGAAAUGGCAGCGUCGGUUCUUCAUCCUCUACGAGCACGGGCUGCUGCGCUAUGCCCUCGACGAGAUGCCAACCACCCUCCCCCAGGGCACCAUCAACAUGAACCAGUGCACGGACGUGGUGGAUGGGGAGGGCAGGACAGGGCAGAAGUUCUCCCUGUGCAUCCUGACCCCGGAGAAGGAGCAUUUCAUCCGAGCUGAGAACAAGGAGAUCAUCAGUGGGUGGCUGGAGAUGCUGAUCGUCUAUCCCAGGACAAACAAGCAGAAUCAGAAGAAGAAGAGGAAGGUAGAGCCCCCAACUCCCCAGGAGCCUGGUCCUGCUAAGAUGGCUGUGACCAGCAGCAACAUUCCCAGCGCUGAGAAGGUCCCUGCCACCAAAUCCACGCUCUGGCAGGAAGAAAUGAGGGGAAAAGACCAAGCAGAUGGGGGCAGUGGCAUUGGCCCAACCCAGAGCCCCAUGCAAGGCCAGGCUGGGGCUGCCAGCUCCAUGAAGGACCCUGUGCUGGACAGCAAGGAAGAGGAGAGCUCCAUGAAUGGGGACCGGAUAGACUGCGGGCGGAAGACGCGUGUCGAGAGCGGGUACUUCUCCUUGGAGAAGACCAAACAAGACUCGAAGCUGGAAGAGCAGCAACUGCCACCCCCACCAAGCCCACCCAGCCCCAGCACCCCGAACAACAGCUUCUCUCUGAACUCCUUGGACUCGAAGAGCAGUUGCCCCAUGCACAAGGACUCCAACAGCAGAGAUGUGGGAAGGGGAGCUGAGAAAUCGGGGCGGCCCCUUUCUUUUAAAGCCAGCCGGCAGUACACCACCCUGGCCGACGUUCCCAAGGCCAUUAGGAUCAGUAAUCGUGAGGCCUUCCAGGUGGAGAGGAAGCGGCUAGAGCGGAGAACCCGCGCUCGUAGCCCUGGCAGAGAAGAAGUGGCCCGGCUCUUUGGGAAUGAGAGAAGGAGAUCCCAGGUGAUUGAGAAAUUCGAGGCACUGGAUAUUGAGAAUGCAGAGCACAUGGAGACGAGCGCGCCGGGAGGCGCCGCCCUGUCCAGCGAGACGCGGCAGGGCAGGAGUGAGAAGAGGGUUUUCCCAAGGAAACGGGACUUCACUUGUGAGGGAGCAGCCGUGGGCUCCAUCCUGGACGUGUCUGCGUCACCUCUGUCCCCACACCGCAGGGCAAAGUCACUGGACAGAAGGUCCACGGAGUCCUCAAUGACGCCCGACCUGCUGAACUUCAAGAAGGGCUGGUUGACAAAGCAGUAUGAGGAUGGGCAGUGGAAGAAGCACUGGUUUGUGCUGACUGACCAGAGCCUGAGAUACUACCGGGAUUCAGUGGCAGAGGAGGCAGCUGACCUGGAUGGAGAAAUCGAUUUAUCCACGUGCUAUGAUGUCACUGAGUACCCAGUUCAGCGGAACUACGGCUUCCAGAUCCAUACAAAGGAAGGGGAGUUCACCCUCUCUGCCAUGACGUCGGGCAUCCGCCGCAACUGGAUCCAGACCAUCAUGAAACACGUUCGCCCCACCACUGCUCCUGAUGUGACAAGGAAAAACUUCUCUUUGAAACUAUCCGUGCUGAAGCCCAGCUCGCUGCCGGAAGAGAAAAGCAAAACAGGCUCUUCCUUCGAGAGCGGCCCAAAGCCGAGCGAGAAGCCGGAUGCGGAACAAGCCGAGCUGGACACGGAGCAGAAGCGGAGCCGCGCCCGGGAGCGCCGACGAGAAGGACGCUCCAAGACCUUUGACUGGGCUGAAUUCCGCCCCAUCCAGCAGGCCCUGGUGCAGGAGCGUGCCAACGCUGCAGACUCCUCCAGCAGCGGCUCGGCCGCCUUCCCCAGGGACGCCGGAGCUGCCGACGCCGACCCCGGGGAGCUGGAGCGGGAGCGGGCCCGGCGGCGCGAGGAGCGGCGCAAGCGCUUCGAGAUGAUCGAUACCGUGGACGGGGCAGGGCCAGAAGAGGCGCUGAGGAUGGAGGUGGACAGGAUCCUGCCUGUCCCUGGAGACAUCAAACCGCAGAACGUCCACGUGGAGAUCGAGCAGCGCUGGCACCAGGUGGAGACCACCCCGCUGCGGGAGGAGAAGCAGAUCCCCAUCACGCCCCUGCACCUCGCCCACGCCGAGGACCGGGAAGAGGGGCUGACCAAGCAGCACCUGACCACGCUGCUGGAGAAGGAGCUGGAGCAGAAGCAGAAGGAGGCCCUGGAGCUCCUGGAGCAGAACCGGCACCUGCAGGAUCAGCUGAAAGUGGCUCUGGGCCGGGAGCAGAGCGCCCGGGAGGGCUACGUGUUGCAGACCGAGGUGGCCGCCUCGCCAUCAGGUGCCUGGCAGAGGCUUCACAAAGUCAACCAAGACCUCCAAAGCGAGCUGGAAGCCCAAUGCCAGCGUCAAGAGGUGAUCAAUCAGCAGAUUCAGUCGCUGAAGCGCAGCUACGCCGAGGCCAAGGACGUGAUCCGGCACCACGAGGCCGAGAUUCAGAGCCUGCAGGCGAGGCUCAGUAACGCGGCGGCCGAGCUCGCCAUCAAGGAGCAGACCCUGGCCAAGCUCAAGAGCGACCUGAGGAGCGAGAAGGAGAAGGCCAAGGAGCAGCUGGAGGAGUGGCAGCACGGCGAGGCCGCGCUCAGCUCCCAGCUGAAGGCCAGCGAGCAGAAGCUGAAGAGCGCGGAGGCGCUGCUGCUGGAGAAGACGCAGGAGCUGCGGGACCUGGAGAUGCAGCAGGCUCUGCAGAGGGACCACCAGAAGGAAGUGCAGCGGCUCCAGGACAGGAUCGCAGACCUCAGCGGGCAGCUGAACGCCAGCGAGCAGGCGCGGGUCCUCAUGGAGGAGAAGCUGCAGAAGAACUACGAGGCUUUGCUGGAGAGCUGCGAGAGAGAGAGGCAGGUUUUGAUACGGAGCCUGAAGGAGGUGGAGGACAAAGCUAAUGAGUAUGAGAAUCAGCUGCAGAACAGUGAGCAGCAAAUGGAGAUUCUGCAGAAGGAGAAGCUGAGCGCCAAGUUCGAAGGCAGCGAGCUCGUCCACCAGCUGGAGGAGCAGCUGGCCAUGAAGGAGGCCAGCAUCCAAAAACUUGCCGAGCACAUCAAGGAGCUCGAAAGGGAGAGAGAUCAGAUCAAGUGCCGGUUCCACGAGCUCAUGAAUCAGGUGGCCGAGUCGGAUAACGAAGUUGCAAAGCUACAAGCAAAGUUGAAAAUGGAAGAGACCAACUACCACAAUCUGGAGCAGUCGUUCGAGGAGGUGUCGGAUCAGUUCCGGGGGGUGCAGGAGGUGCUGAAAGAGAAAGAAGAAGAGCUGAGACAUGUUAAGGAAAUGCACUUGAGAAUUGUGGAGAAGAAAGAUCAAGAUCUCAGUGAGGCUUUGGUUAAAGUGGUUGCUUUAGAUAGCAGUUUAGAGGAGACUAAAGUAAAGCUAAAGGCCAAGGAGGAGGCUUUAAAGAAAUUAGCUAGUGCGGGCACAGGUCCAUGUGCUGAGGAGGCAGAAGACCUUGGCCCCAGUCUUGAGGUGGAUGAAAGUCAUCCAUCCCAACUGGGGCAAACUCAGGAUGUCCUCCCAGCUCUGACUUAUGCACUGAAGGAGGAGGAGGAUGAGGUUCUUGAGACCAGUCAGAGGCAAAUGGAGGAAUUUGGCUCCCCAUCUAAAGUUGUAGAGCUCCAGGACCAAGAGUUGGUUCAGAAAGCUUUAGCAAAGCCUGAUGUAGGAAUCAUGGGGGCCAAGAGGCAAAGGAUCCGUUUUUCAAGCAUCCAGUGUCAAAAGUACAUCCAUCCAGAUGGAUCAGAGAAAAACUGGACAAGCAGUACCUCUUCAGACACAAGCCAGGACAGAUCUCUGUCUGAAGAAAGCAUGUCCUCAGAGCCAGCUCUGGGUUACCCCUCAUCAGGGACCAGUGAUUCUGAGACUUAUCUCUCCAUCAUCCAUUCCCUGGAAACCAAGCUGUACAUUACAGAGGAGAAGCUCAAAGAUGUGACGAUGAAGCUCGAAAGCCAGCACGGCCAUAACCAGGAGACGCUCAUCGCCCUGCACCAUCAGUGGGCCAGCACGGAGUCCCAGCUGCGGGAACAGCUUCAGACCAGCUUGUCCCAAGUCAAUGCUUUGAUCUCACAGCUGGAGAGUGAGAGGCAGGAAAAGUUCAAGCUCAUAGAAAGUCACGUCAGCGAGCUGGGAGGUUUCCAGAUGAAAAACGAUCAAGCGCUGACUUGCUUAGAGAAGUGCAGGGAGCAGCUAAGAUCCUUGCCCAAAUCAGACAAGGAUAAAGAGGGUGAUUUGUUCCUUGUUACUCUGUCUAGCAUGGAAACAACUUUAUCAAAUGCAAUCCAGGCCUUGAGCGGAGCGCCAGUCCCAUCAGACUAUCAGCAGAGUGAAAGCCUCACCACGGAGAGCCCCGCUCCAGAAGGAGGGGAUUUGGGAGAAGAGGAGCACAUCUCCAAGGAGCAGCAAGCAGAUGUGUUUGACACCGGCCAGCUGAGGUGGCUUUCUGAGAGGGUGGCAUUUGAGGCCUCUCUCAUCAACCAAAUAGCAGAGUCUUUGAAAAAUGCAAGCUCUGAGAUAGCCCAGCUUCUGAGAGAGAUCCAGGGAACGGCUGAGGUGGUUUUGUUGGAGCCAGCAAGUGUUUCUCAUACAGCCAAUGAUUUGGCCAGUGUCCUGUCUAAAAAGCUGCUGCUGGAAGGGGAGUUUUGGAGCCAGGUGGAGGAGCUGAGAGCACAGUUGAGCACUAGAGAAGGAGAAGCUGAGGGUAAAACAGAAACAAGUUUGGGCAUUUCCCCAUGUUUUCUCAGUGCUGUAGCAGAUGCUACAUUGAUCAAGGCAGAACUUGGGUUUGUUGCAGAGAAAAUGAGAGAAUCUUUUCAUCAGAGGUUAAAAGCAAUUGAAGAAGAGCUCCAUAAUACCAAAACAGCUCUCCAGCAGCACAAAUGCAUGUUGGAGGAGAUCAUCAAAGCAUACAGGACUCCUGAGUUUGAUGGAGUUAUGCACCAGAUUUCUGAAGCACUUGAAAUUCAAAAAGAUGCUUCGGAAAGAACCCAGAUCUCUUGGGAUGGGAGCCGUGUCCAAAUGGUGCCGUGCCAGGAAUUAGCCAAGGUGGAGGAGACUGGCAGUGCCCCAGACCGUAGUAGUGAAGCUCUUGUUUCCAUUCAGGAAGAUCUUGCCCAGCAGCUAAAGGACAAAUCCAGUGUUCUGAAGGAGAUAUCUGUUGCCUUACUCUCUCUGCCUCCCGAGGAGGCCAUGAGAGACUGUCAGAAGCUCCUGAAGAUGUCCCAGAGUCUUUCCUACCAUUCGUGCAUGGGAGACCUGGAGCGGUAUUCGUCUCUGUUAGUCCACGAUGCCAUUGUUCAGGCUCAGGUUUGUUACGCCGCUUGCAAAGUCCGGCUGGAGCACGAGAGGGAGAUGAAGUCCUACAAGGAGUCCCUGCAGAGCAUGGAUGCCCUGUGCCAGGAGCGCGUGAAGACGGUGUCUCUCCUGCGCGACGAGUACGAGGAGCUGCUCAGGAAGCAGCAGGGCGAGUACAGCGAGGUGAUCGCCGUGCUGGAGAGGGAGAACGCUGACCUCAAGGCAAAGGUGUCCCAGCUGGACAGCCAGCGCAGGCUCCUGGAGGAGGAAGGGCACGAGCACAGCAAGAGCUUGAGCGAGCUGCAGGGGCGCUACGAGGAGGAGAUCCGGAACGUCAUCGAGCAGCUCAACAGGACCGAGGAUGCCCUGAAGGCCGAGAGGGUGGAGGGGCUCAACCAGCUCGACGCCGUUGUCCGCGACAAGCAGAACAUGGAGCAGUAUCACCUGGAGCAGAUGCAAACGCUGGAGGAGAAGUUCCAGGCCAAGAUCAAGGAGCUGCAGGUCAUCCACGGCGAGGAGCUGCAGGCGCUGCAGGAGCACUACAGCCAGAACCUGCAGCGCCUGCAAGAGACCCUCGAUGAGUACCAGAGGCAGCACCCGGAGGCGUCCCCCGCGGUGGCCCCGGGCUCUGGGGACACCUGGGUGGCCAGAGAGGGGGGUGGCACCGGGCAGGACCCCGGCAGCGACCCCGACUCCAUGCACGGCCUGAGGGAACGCAUCCAGGAGCUGGAGGCCCAGAUGAACGUCAUGAGGGAUGAGCUGGAGAACAAACAUCUGGAGGGGAACGCUUCCACGUUGAGGGAAAAAUACCAGAAAGACUUUGAAAACCUAAAGGCAACAUGUGAGAGGGGCUUUGCAGCCAUGGAGGAGACGCACCAGAAGAAGAUCGAGGACCUGCAGCGGCAGCACCAGCGGGAGCUGGAGAAGCUGCGGGAGGAGAAGGAUCGCCUGCUGGCAGAGGAGACGGCUGCCACCAUCUCAGCCAUCGAAGCCAUGAAGAACGCGCACCGGGAGGAGCUGGAGCGGGAGCUGGAGAAGUCCCAGCGCUCCCAGAUCAGCAGCGUCAACGCCGACAUCGAGGCCCUCCGGAGGCAGUACCUGGAGGAGCUGCAGUCGGUGCAGCGGGAGCUGGAGGUGCUGUCGGAGCAGUAUUCCCAGAAGUGUUUGGAGAACGCGCACCUGGCGCAGGCGCUGGAGGCUGAGAGGCAGGCCCUCCGCCAGUGCCAGCGGGAGAACCAGGAGCUCAACGCCCACAACCAGGAGCUGAAUAACCGCCUGGCUGCGGAGAUCACGCGACUGCGGACCCUGCUGACCGGGGAGGGCGGGGGAGAGGCUGCUGGGUCGCCUCUCACGCAGGGCAAGGACGCCUACGAGCUGGAGGUCCUGCUGCGGGUGAAAGAAUCCGAAAUCCAGUACCUGAAGCAGGAGAUCAGCUCCCUCAAAGACGAGCUGCAGACAGCACUGAGGGAUAAGAAAUACGCCAGCGACAAGUACAAAGACAUCUACACGGAGCUGAGCAUCGUGAAGGCCAAGGCAGACUGUGAUAUCAGCAGGUUGAAAGAGCAGCUGAAAGCAGCCACAGAAGCUCAGGGAGAGAAAUCCCCUGUGAACACCACUGUAUCGGGAUAUGAUAUUAUGAAAUCAAAAAGCAACCCUGAUUUCUUGAAGAAAGACAGAUCCAGUGUUAGCCGGCAACUAAGGAAUAUCAGGUCAAAGUCCGUUAUUGAGCAGGUCUCAUGGGAUAACUGAAAUGAACCCGAGUCCAGGUUCCCUGCCACGUAGAGUCUGAAGGAAGGCCUGACUGUGCAAGAACGCCUGAAGCUUUUUGAAUCCAGGGACUUGAAGAAAGACUAGUUCUCCCCGCUCCGCUUGACCACGCGCACCUCCCAGCUUGAGGCAGCACAGCACCAGCACCGUUUGUCUCUGUUCCUUACGAUGUCCUCGCUGUCGUUGUCCUGACGCCCCGACGGGACCUGGCGGUGCCCUCCCCUCGCCUCCCCAGCUCCUUUCCCUGCUUGUGAGAUGCUCCAGAGACUCUGAGAGGGAGAGGAAGGGAUUGGAGUGGGGUUUUCCCCCCUCUCUUCGGCGCUUUGUAGGAGAAUCCUUUCUUUACUGUAAACCAUUACACUAAGUGUCAGUAUUAAGGCUCAGCAGCCUGUUAAUAAGCUAUAGCUCUGUCGGGAAGAGCGAGCAGGGCCUGGGUGCUGUCAGCCAGACCGAGCUCUUACUGCUGUCUAGAGACCCCGUGCCCAGAGCACACAGGAGCCUGAUCUAACCAUUGAUCUCCACUGCAUUACUUGCACCUACAAGGGGGGAAAGCCGGGGGAAGCUGCCGGGGAGCUGAGCCGGCGCCGGCGCCCGCAGCCUGGAGGUACCACACUGACACCUCGCUGGAGAAGGCUGCAAGAAGUGAUUCUCCUGCCCCGUGACUGUGCCGUGUCCUGAAUGUAGGUGCCACCGAAGCCUGGCCAGCUUGGGUGGCUGCCCAGGUGGUUGUGGAUGGGGAGCUGCAGCUACUGAAGAGCACCCUCGAGCCGGCGCCGUCGGCGCGUCCUCGCUCCCGUCUGCCGGUGGCCGGAGUUGGUGUUCAGGGGCCGAGCUGUAAGAUCACUUUCUUGCCUCUGUUAGAUCAAGCCCAGCACUCUCUUUAAUUUUUUUUUUUUUUUUUUUUUGCUGUUACUCCCUUCCUCUCAUCGAAUCCCGUGUAUCCCAGGGUCUGUGCGCAUGUGAAACUCCCUUUUCCUAGUCAAAGGAAAGUAGAGUAGAAAGUAGAGCCAAUAUUGACUGAAAAUGCACAGUGCUCAAUGCAUAUAAUGCUCCUUUUUUACCAGCUUCUUGAAUUCAACUCUUCUUGUCAGCAGGGCAGCUCCUAUUUUAAUUCUUUAAUCUUUUCCUGAAAUAAAGAUCUCAAAACCAGUAUGUGCUUCAGACCUUCUCAGUCCUAAUAGCUUCUGUACUUAAAACAUACAAUUUAGCACCAUGAGGCAGAUAAAUGCAUACAAACCAAGGGAUGAGGAGCUGGUAGCCCUAGAUGGUCACAGCCAGCUGAGCAGAGGCUGCCUAGGAGAAGCCUGUGCUGCUUUGCAGGUGUGGAGCUUCAUUCCUGGAUAGAUCUGAAGAUGCCACCUGGAAGUCACCAGGGCUGAAGGAGACUCCGGCACGUUCCUUCCCAGCCUGGUUGGGUGCUGAGUGACCUGUUCAGGCCGGGAUGUGGAAGAUAUCCUGGCCUUCACCCGGAGCAGAGCUUCCUCUUGUCCUUCAGGCACGCAGCCAAGGUUGAGCCAGCAGCUCCUGGUGCUUUGCUGCUGGUUUUGGGUCUGGUGCUUGGUGCAGGUGCAGCUCUCAGAGCCCCACGGGGCUGGUGAAGGACCCCCAGUCCUGCCAGGCUGGACCACAGCAGCUGCCAGAGUCACCCUCAUCCUCCUGGGAGCAGAAUCUCUUUUUUUCCAGCAGCACCCUCAGCAGGACACGGUGUCACUGGACCACGGUGGGAGUCAGGCUCUUGUCCAGCUUGUGUGGCCUUGCUUGGCACUGGUCCUGCCCAGAGGAGCCCCUUUGUGCCCAGGCAGGAUGGCAGCACCUUGCAGGGGACACAGCAGGGAUGCUCUGUGUGCAUGGAGGCCCUGGAGGUGGAGCAGGGCAGGAAAGGUGCUCGUCCUGUUGGACACACAGCCUUUCCCUGGUCAGCUGUGCCCUCAGGUGUGUGCAUGGGCAGCCACUGCAUCCGAGCUCAGCCCAGCACUUCCAUGGUCUGGAGAGCCUGGGGACCUUCCUGGGGACCCACCUGGAUCAGCCCUGGCUGCUCUGCUGUCUGAGGUGAGCUCUGAUCUCCUGUGGGAGGCAGCAAGGGUUUGGGAUGGCACAUGGGCCUUGUCAUUGUCAUUGCUCUUCCCUUGCCGGGUGUCACUGGCUCUAGGAGAACCCUCCUCCUCCUCCUCCUUCUCCUCUCCUUAGCCUCAUGGUGGGACUUUGUCCUUUUCAGCCAACCAAGCAGAACAUCCUGGUCUCCUCCUUGCCAUGUGGACCCUGCCCUUUCUUAGAUUCCCCAGAAAAUCCCGCUCAUGUGCUCCAGCUUAUAGGAGCAGAUAUUUUCCAUGGGCUCCUGGAAAAAUAAAUGGAGAAUCUUGGUCAGCUGUAGAGCCAGGGCUGAGCAUCAUCAGGAGCAGCUGCACCCUCUGGGGCAGUGCUUGGGGAGAUGUCUGGGGGUGUUUAGAGCUGUGAAUUGUGGGGGUCACUGAGAGGAAGAGGAGGGAGGAAGGUCCCUUAUGCAUCCAAAUGUUCUGAACCUGUGCUGAGGGCUCUGGGCUCGCUCUGGUGAGUCUGAGCAUCUCUCCAAGGCCAGGGGCAGCACUUCUGCCUUUUCUGUAAAGAAAAAGUACCUGCAGCGCCAAUAAACAGCCCCAAGCUGAAAUAUUCCUGCUGUAGAGCCCAGUACUUGAAAAUGAAGGGAGAAAUCCUUUUACUCAUACCAAUGAUCCUCAGUUAUCCUCCUGCCUCUUCCUGCUCCAGGCUUCAUCCAUUUUUUGGGAUUAAUCAGUGGCUAUUUAAGUUAGAAAUUGUGUGGGCAAGCUGCUGCAUUCUGCAUCACUCCUCACUAUUGAUAGCACCAAAAAGGGAGGUUUAGGAAAACUCAAGUGCAGCAAAGGCACAGGUCUUGGAGCCUUGUUGGCUCCAAGUAAUCUUAUUUUUCCUGAGUAAAAUUUUCCUCCCAUUUGCACCAUCUCCCCUGAGCCAGACAGAAUCCUUCUGUAAAUGUCACCUUUUCUUUGCCCAUGUGUUAAAAAAAGAAGCAAGUUGUGUUCAUUUGUUUCAAAAAUAGAAUUGCUUAGAAUUGGUGCUGGCUUGCAAACCAGAAAAUUCCCUUUUUAUGGUACCAGGGAGCUGGCCUGCAGUAAAAGUGCUCACAUUUUGUACCUGCUCUGUUUGAUGGCACUUCCACAAGACCUUUACAUAUUUAUCCUGGUUUGGAUACUCAGUUUGUUGUGGUCACUCAAGCACACUUCCUGUGGCUUGCCUUUGCUCUGUAUUUUUUUCCAAUUUUUUUAGGUAAAAAAAAAAGCUUUCUUAUUCUUCUUUUUAAAAAACAAAAGUAAUUUAAUACCUGUAUAGUAUUCCAAGCAGUGCAGUGUAAAUAUUUAUUCCUCAGCAGUUUGCAGAGGGUUCUGUUUUGUCACUGAGUUGUGGGUUUGAUUUUUAAGUCUUGUUUUAGCACAGAGGCCCUUGAGUGGGUUGGGAGAGGAGGAAUGAGUGUAACAAGUCCAACCCACCCCACCUGCCCUGAUAAACUGCUUUUUUUUUGUGGUUUGAGGACUGUUUAAAAACCUUUUCAAACCUUUUCCGCUGAUCUAUGCCUUUAGCUUUGCAGGCACCUGCCUGAAGAUGGUGUACACUCUGUUUGACCACUGUAACCUUCUUUGCUAUAAAUUUGGGGUAUUUUUUCCACUCAGAGGCCUCAAUAACCUUGUGUUUGAUGGCAGCAUCAGUGCUGUGCAUGUGCAAACUGUGCCCUGUUGUUACAGAGAGCACCAGCAGCUCCCUGGCAGCCACAGCCCCCCUGCACACACAAAAAUCACACAGCAGCCUGGCCACGAGCUGUAACUCACUGAGUAACUUCCAACCAGUGGAAAUGCAACAAGAAAAGUGAAAGCAUUGCUGCAGACACAGCAGCAAUUUACUUUGUAAAUAUAAUUACCUAACUUUACAUUAACUAUAUGGUAAUAAACUAUUUUUGCACCACC